AGUGCGUGAGAGAAUGACUACCACCCUACCUCAUUUCAAGCUAACCACCAUUCUCUCUAUCACCAUCACCUUGGCCCUCCUCAUACAUAUCCAUGCGGCAAUUGACGAUGUUGAGUUCGACGAAGAAAAGGAGUAUGUGAUGGAUGAUCACUUCCUCGGGCUGAACGUCCGAUCGGGGAGCCGGUUCCUUGCGACCAAGAUCGAGAAGGGUGCAAGCUGUGAUGAACUUGCCAACAACAUCUGCUCGGGUGUGUCAGUCAAUAACAGCACAGGCCUCCUACAGUGCUGCAAGAAGCAUUGCAGGGACGUGCUCGGCGAUCGUAACAACUGUGGUGUCUGUGGCCAAAAGUGCGGGUUCGGUCAGCUUUGUUGCUAUGGCAAGUGCACCGACAUCGCGUACAAUGUGGAUAAUUGUGGCAAAUGCGACAAGAAGUGUCGUGCCGGCGUAAAAUGUGAGUAUGGAGUUUGUGGGUAUGCUUGAUUUAUGUAUCAUGAAUCCAAAUAGAGUGUAGAUGGGAGAGAUGAGUAGAGGGAAAGAAUAAUUACUGGUAGAUUAUUAAAAUAUGGGUAGAUACAAGUAUAGUGAAUGGUGAUGAAUGUGUCACUAUUAAGUAGAUGGAGUUUCUAUUUCUACAUAAAUGUCUUCCAUUCUUCUCAUGGGUAUACUAGGAAUGUAAACAGGUUUUAUCAUCAAUAAAAGAAAAUCCAUGGUUAGAUGGUAUUUGUGGUGUUUUUCUUGCUUAGGGUUUGGUCUUUGAAUAGGA